AUGGCCAUCUCCAAAAUAAAGGCAGCGAUCAGAUCUCACCACAGGCGCUUAGAUAAGGGCGUUGAUGAGGAGACCAAGCAGUCCAUCUCCAGGAAACUCGAUGGCCUCAAUUACGAGCUCAAUAAGGUCAAAGAAGAUGAGCUCUCAAGGAAAAUGAGCUCGAGAUAUCACAAGAUUAAAUUUAUCGAGAAGAGGAAAUUGUUUAGAUUGAUUAAUUCUAUUAAAAAUAAUAAAAUUAAUAAGAAUGACACUCACCCGGAUUCGAAGCGAGCUCUAUUCAAAUACAGGCAGCAACUCAACUACAUAAUAAACUACCCAACGAAUAUCAAGUAUAUUUCUGUCCUUCACUCACCCUCCAACUCGGCAGACACAAAAUCCAGACAAGAAAAACUUGAUGACGUUGAGUCAAAGAUGAAUGCAGGCGAUAUCAGCAGUACUCCAGAGCUAAUUGUGUUUAAGAGUCUUCAAUCUGACAAUGUCAACGAGGUAGAGGGGAGUAAGGGGAGUAAGCAGAAGCCCCAGACGCAGGAAUCCCAGAAAUCCCAUAAAUCCCAAAAAUCCCACCACCAUCAGCCAUCAGAAGAUUCAGAUGACCAAGCCAAUCUCUCCGCUGACGAUUUUUUCGAAUAG